AGCGGUAAUCUUAAACUUUAAUUUUUACCGCGUGUGGAAAUCAAGCAUGCAGCUUGAUUUUAAGAUUUUACUUGUGAUUUUAAUUUUGUCAUUUUUUAUUAUUUAUAUUUUAUCAUAUUUUAGCUUUAUUACGAUUUUAAUUUCCACUUUUAUUAGUGUCUUCAUCCUCAUCAUCUUCGGUAGGUCAAUCGGUGAACGUUGUGCAACGAAACUGAAGUCACCGGCAAAUUUAGAAUUUUCAUUGUCGACAAAAAAGAAAAAGAAGAGUUUGUCACAUUCACAAACAGGGACGAAAUAUCAUAAAUAUUCAAAGGAUAUUUCUACAGAUGAAAACAUGCAUAGAAAUGGAUUUUCAAAUACUUCUUUCAACGAUAAAAAGUUUGACAGAUCGUUCGAUAAAUGGCGGUCUCCUGUCACUAAUUCCCCUGGUGUUCGUUCUCCUGGAAUUCGUGUCGCAUCGCCUGUAGCUGGAACAGGACUAAGAACUCGAAAAGCAAGUCAGCUUAUUUCAAGGAGACAUUCGUUUUCUGUGAAACCCAUAGACACUACAACACAUUCCGAUAGUAACACGAGAAUACCAUUUCUACCAACUAUCAAAAGAGCAUUGGGUCUGGAGACGAUUGUUAGCCCAAGGUAUACUGCCAAAGAUGACUACAGCAGCUAUACAAGUCACCCUGAGACUGCCUCUCCGGGGUUUGUCCCUGCCGUCCGACUGUCCAAUCAUGAUCGUCACCCACUCUCCAAAGUACGAUCCUCCUCUGUACGAAGUCCAAAUACUAUAAAAAUAGCUCCCCCAGAUCCUCACAAGCUUGGCAGUCCAAGGGUGUUAGAAGUAAGAAAAAAAGAUACAGUGACAGAUGACAACAGAAAAACACCCGACAUGCAGUCGGUUCUCACCGCCCUGAAGGAGAAAAGGAGAAAAAGAACAGCUGGCCCAUCUGAAGAAGAUAACUUCUGCCCAGAGGUACAAACCCAAAAAUCCAAGAGAAGACGACAGGAAAGUCAACAGUCCAAUGCGUCCACAUCUUCAUUACCUCCCCUGCCUGCCUCCCUUCCAGACCUUUCUGAUUACACUAUACCACGUCUGGAAACACCCUCCCUGAAGAGGGCGGCAGCUCCAGAGGUUUCAGAGUGGGAUGGUAGAGGAAGUACUGCCAAACGACUACGACAGGAGGGGCGGUACAACUCCAUUUCCAGCUCGCUGAGUUCCAGUCGAUAUCUGGAGAGACAUAACCGCAGUUAUAGCCCAAGACCAGACUGGUCCCAGGAAUCUACAGCUGAAUUGAAACGAGCUAUCCAAAGAGAAAUCAACAAAAUUACCCAGGAAAUGCCAAGUGACUUAGUUACAAGUCUACGACUGCAGUGUGAGGGUGUACAAGACCAAAGUGGUAAAGAAAACAUGGAUAUUCCGGUUAGCACAACUGCUCAGGAUCCUGAUUCCUCACUGUCUUCUCUUCAAAGGGCAGAAACAGUGAUGCUGAAACCAAGCUUAGAUAAUGAAGACCAAUCAUUGGAUGUUUCAACCUCGGAUACUUCUUUGCUCAACCAAUCACAGAACAAAUCAAUAAAUAUGAGAGAGAAAGUGACGCUGAACAAGAGUUUCUCUGUCCGUAAACGUCAGAUGUCUCUGUACUCAGGCCUCAACAAGUCCUUUUCAAAAGUUCCCAAGUCUAAUGUGGUAGCCUGCAUGGAGGACUAUGAAGCGGAUCGUGAGGCAGAGCAACGAAGAGUUGAACAGAUGCUGGAAGACAUUGUGUCUACUGAGGAGACAGACAAGAGUAAGAACAAAGGGAGUGUUCUGAGUGUGAAAAAUUCAGUCGUAUCUACAGCGAUCAUCACGCCGACAGCUGUUUCUUCUACGUCCAAAACAGCUGCAGCAACUGGCGUACCAAAUCUGUCUGUGAACUCCUUGUUUGUGCCGAAAUCGGCAAGCACAUCUACAACAACACCAGCUACAGCUCAGGUAUCCACACCACAGCAGGCGGGAUCGGUAAUAACUUCUACCCAGAGUUUCACACUGCCAUCCAGUCCACUGACCUCUUCUACAAUGACAACCACUGUAAAUAACAUAUUACAGAACACUUCCGUGGCAUCAGCUCCCAGCAACAACCUGAUUGCUGGACUUUCUAGCAGUACCACUACUUGUGCUCCCAGCACUACAGUAGCCUCUGUCUCAAGCUCUAAGGAUAGUGGCGGCUUUUCUAUUGGAAAUGUGGCCACUCCAGUGAAAACAAUCACAAGCACACAAAGUGACAAAAAUUCUACCCUGUUAACAAACUUUGGACAACAGAUGGCUGAGCCAGGGACGGUAGGUGCAGCACUUGCUAGUGCUGUAGCUGCAGCAUACUCUCCAAAAGCUCCAGAAGGGUUAAACUUCGGUGCAGCAAAUCCAAGCAAAAACACUUCUGCUCCCUCACACUUUGGUGGUGUUACCAAUAUAGCUGUCACAGCUGUAGAACCUAGGCUUCACAGUAAUAUACCAAGUACAGCUGUGUCGGCUGGCUUUGGAAGUGUUCUUACAACACCUGUAGCCUCUUCAGUUGGUUCCACAGGAAACACUGUGGUUACUUCAGCAUUCAGUGUCUCCACUGGAAACACGACUGGAUUUUCGUUUGGAGCUCCUAACAGUGUUAACCAACCUGGCACUAGUGCCGCUUUGUUUGGUAACACAACUCAGUCUGUACCCGCAGCUACUUUAAAUAGUAACACAAGCACAAAUCCCACCUUUAGUGCCAACAAUUUUCAAAGUUCAACUGCAACCACAUUUGGAACUGGGACGGCAACAACUCAGCCAAAAUUCAAUCCAGUUUUUGGAACCCCAAAUCCAACUUCUCAGGCAAAUAUGUUCAGCGCACCCGUUGGAAAUCCACCUGCCUUUGGUAGUGCUGUUCCUACAUUUGCCGCACCACAGAACAAGCCGACCUUUGGAAGUCCUGCACCAGAAGUCACUAAGGCAACUGGGGGAUUCAAUUUUGGAGGUGGAGCUACCUCAGCUGUUAAAGGGCCCGUAUUUGGAGCUGCUAACAAUUCGGAAGUGAGCACCGCAGCCUUUACUCCUGCAUCUGCAACAACAGCACCAUCUACCUUAAGUUUUGGCGCUCCAAUUCAGACUACUACAGCUGCUUCAACCUUCAAUUUUGGGAAUAACCCAACAACACAACCUACAAAUUCAGCCAAUUUUAAUUUUGGUACUUCAAAUUCAACAACAACAGCAACUUCUACUUUCAAUUUUGGAGGGGCAUCAAAUUCAAACCCACAAACAACAUCAAGUUUCAAUUUUGGAGGGACAUCAAAUCCAAACCCACAAACAACAUCAAGUUUCAAUAUUGGAGGAGCAUCAAAUCCAAACCCACAAACAACAUCAAGUUUCAAUUUUGGAGGGACAUCAAAUCCAAAACCACAAACAACAUCAAGUUUCAAUAUUGGAGGAGCAUCAAAUCCAAACCCACAAACAACAUCAAGUUUCAAUUUUGGAGGGACAUCAAAUCCAAAACCACAAACAGCAUCAAGUUUCAAUUUUGGAGGGACAUCAAAUCCAAACCCACAAGCAACAUCAAGUUUCAAUUUUGGAGGAGCAUCAAAUUCAACAACUACUGCAUCAACAUUUAAUUUCGGGGCUACAGCAUCGACAACAUCGUCUUUCAAUUUUGGAACAAAUGCAGCAAGCACUGCAGGGACUGCUCCAGCUUUCGGAGUGGCAAAUCCUCAAGUCGGUACUGCAUCUGUGUUCGGAGGUUCCAAGGCCCAGUCCAGUGGCACAUUCCAAAGUGGCAUGACAAAGUCUGGUUCGGCUCCAGCCUUCGGUGACACUGGUCCUAGUUUUGGCAGUGGACCCAAGCCUUCAAAUCCAUUUGGAACAUCUUCCUCUGUAGCUUUCAGUGGCAAUACGGCACCAGCUGCUCCCCAGCCAGCUACCGGUGGCAAUACUGUGUUUGGCUUUGGAGCCCCUGCCCAACAACCAAGUGGUAAUAGCGCUGGUGGCUUUAACUUCAGUGCCACAGGGGCAGGAAGCGCGACUACUCCAUUUAACUUUGGUGGGAAUACAGCGUCAAAUAGCUUUGGAGCAGGAGGUGGGAAAACAGCGUCAAAUAGCUUUGGAGUAGGAGGUGUGAAUACAGCGUCAAAUAGCUUUGGAGUAGGAGGUGGGAAUACAGCGUCAAAUAGCUUUGGAGUAGGAGGUGUGAAUACAGCAUCAAAUAGCUUUGGAGCAGGUUCUCCAGCUCCUGGAUUUGGUCAAGCAUCCAGUACACCUGGUCAAGGCAUGUUUACUGUCGGAGCUAGUAACUCGGCAACCAAGCCUCGCACCAUGACCAAAGCAAAGCGAAGAGGUGCUAGGAGAUGAGGGGAAAUUGAACAGACUCUUCAAGAAAAGAAAAUUUGAUUCAGCUUCAGUCUUGUGCUACAUUUGUCAAGAUCUUGCUAGUAGGUCAAAAUGAAUGCAGUACUGUGUCUGUACAUGGGAAGUACAGAUAUUAUUUGACCAUGAAUAUUGGAAUCUGAAGGAAUAAUAGAUGAUAUCCGAUUCUGUUACAAUUGUGUGAUUCUGUCUAGGGUGUUUUGAAAAUUAACAGUCCUUAAUAUAACAUGUAUGUAUGUUUAUUGGAAGGCGGAGAAAAACUUCACCUUAUUCCAAAACACUGCAGAUGGAACUUUCAAAUCAUAGAUAUACAAUGAUUGACGCACAAGUUUAAAUAGGUACCGAGUGAAAAUACUGAUCCUCUCAAGAGAUGGCCUAACUAUAUAAUGAUGCUAUCUAUAGGGCAACCAGUAAAUAUAUGGAUGCUCUCUGACUCACUAAGCUAAGAUAUUGGUUCUUGAGGAGGCUAUAAAAUUCCAACAUAUCGUCUCAAUAAAGAGCAUAAUCAUUUUGUCAUUACAUGUAUUUGAUGUUGCCACACCUUGCUCUUGAUCUAGACCAAGGAUAUGUAAACUCUAGCAUGAUCUUUUUACUUUACUUGAGUUUAACGAGCAUAUUUAUGUUUAAUCUGGCCAUUGCAGAAAAUGCAGAUUUAUAGAAUUGAUAUGCAUAGAAAUAUUCGCGUAGAAAUACAAUGUAUUCAUAUUUUUAUACACCCGUCAAAUUUGAUGGAGAGUAUUAUGGUAUGGCAUUGUCCGUCCGUCUGACUUUCAGUUUUGUUUGUCCGUAGAUCUUUUACCUUUUUUGACUGAUCUCAACUUUGUAUGCAUUAUAAUCAUGUAGUUGCAUUUUCUUGAAAGGAAUUUGAUUUAUCUAUUUUUGCAAAAGUGUGUAAAAAACGCCGAUCCCAACACCGAGAUUCAUUCUAUGGUCCGAUUUAUUGAAGAACAUUGUUGACAUGUUUCGGCUGUAGGGUAGCCGUGUUCUGAUGACGCCUACCUUACAGCCGAAACAUGUCAACGAAGCUCUCCAAUGAUUCGGACCAUUGAAUGAAUCUACAUGUUGGGCUAGCCGGUUUUACACACUCAUUACCUGGAUAUUUGGUGACAUAUGUAUCCAUGGCAGAUUCGUCUGAGGCCAACUCGAUUUGUACUCUUCUCCUUCUAGAAUAUAACUUCCGGUCACUCGAUUUGUAGCUCUUCCGCUUCUGGAAGAUCUUCUACCUCUUCCAUCUCGAAGCUUCUUCCAAGAUGGCGGUGACCAUAAUUAAGUGUGCGAGUGAUGAGUUUCACUAGAGAAGGAUUUAUGGCACAUACAUGCACAAGUUUGUGUCACAGUAUUUGAGAAAACUUAGCUGGGAUAUGUUCUUCUGGUUUACACAAUUUACAUAUAACGGAAUGCGAUCUUCUUAUAAGGCUUCUCUUCCGAGGAGGGUGCAAAUCAAGUUGGCCUUGGGAUUGCUGCAACUCUAUACCAUCUGGGACGGUGUGUCUCCACCUCGACCCCCUCUGUAUAUUUUGCAAAAGUUAUUACCCUUUGUUAAUUCUCGUACUUCAAUCUUCUUCCCCAACAGUCUUCUGCCAAUACCUUAGAAACUGGUAUGAAUUGGUAGGGACAUUGAUGUUAUAGUUGUAUAAUGAAUUGGAGACUCACAGACUUCGGAUUACUUCUAUUCCUCAAAUAUAACUUUGUAGUGAAGCACGAGGGUUAAAACAUGCCACAUAACCUCUCAUAAGGUGAUGCAUAUCAUAUUUCAGUGCGAGAUAUUAUAUAACUCUACAUGUGUGUGGCAUUUGACGGGGGGAAAUAAUGUUUAGCCCCGUUAGGAAAAAAAUUUGAUAGGGAAAACAUGUGGGAAAAUUUUUGAUAGGGAAAACAGGCUAUUUUUUCUUGUAAAGUGUGGCAAAAACUUGUUGUGCAUGGAGAGACAAAUAAAUUAUAAACUUGUGUUGCCUGUAUUAUUCCAAGGAAUUUGUUUGUAGCACUAAUGAUAAUGUUGUCAGUAAAAGUGUCGUGAUUGCUGAAGUAUAUUUACUUAAACAUAAAAGUUUAUUAAACACAGUUGUAAUCUCAUUGAAUAGGUGGUUGAUGUAAUUCAAUAUACCUCCCAAAUAAAUGCUGUAAAUCUCCAUAUUUUUUGUGAAUACUUAUUUUUGCAUAUAAGUACUUACUUUUAAUUGUUAUGCUUUAAUCAAUGCAUUAAAAUUGUAUUCCAUUAUGUUUCACAAAGUGAAAAAAAUCUAGAUAGAAUUAUUAUCAUUUUCUCUCUUUUUGAAUGAUGCAAAGAUAUGUAUAUCAUGAAAUAUGGCAGAUUGACAGUAUAUUUAUGUGUGUACCGUCAAUGUUUGUACUUGUAAUCAAGGUGCUGUUAAAGUUUGCCAUUGUAUCUUGUUCUUGUGUGUAUAAAUAUUGAGUGAUGACGAAACAGCUACCAACAUAGUAACAAUUUAUGUAUGCUGGAACAUCUCUAAAAUCACAAGAAAAAGAAGUACCUGAUAAUUUUGGAGAUUUUAUCUCUGUUCCACUGGAGUAAUUUUCCAUAUAUGGAAUCUGUUAUAUAAUAUCACAAAAUUCAUUAUUUGCAUACAAACAUAAUUAUUUUGACAGAUAAAGGGUACAUACUACAACUUGUGUCACCAUCAUGAGAUUUUGUUCCAGUUUAUAUAAAUCACCUAAUGUAAUUUCCUGUGUAUAGCCCCCUGUGUAAAGCCCACAGGCUAUAUGUUAUUUUACAUCUGGAGAUAUCUUUUGAUGGCUAUCUGGAUUUUUUAGAUUUUUUUUUUAAAUAGUGUAGAAAAAAUGUGAUGUAUUUAUUUGUUCCUGAUUUAUACACAAAUCAUUAUAACAGAUAAAAGUUCUGUUGGGUUUUUUCUAUAUAGAAAAAGGAAAAUAGUGUUCACUGUUCAUGGCAAUAAAUAUUUGAUCGUAAAUACUACAUUCGUUUUCUUUGGUUCAUGCACAAAAAAACAAAUGUAUAUGGAUUUAACUGUUAAUUAAUUUCACCAAAGGCUCAAAAAUAACUUAUUUUGCAUUUUGUGGGCAAUACACAGGAAGUUAUGGUAAUCCUUUGAAGGAGUUAUGGUGUUCAAAAUUUUAGUAUUUGAACAAAGCAAUCAAAUAUAAAAAUAUUAUUACUGCUGGAAUUACACCUGCAGUCCAAUGCUUUACAUGCUCGAUUGGCAGGGAAAGCAACUCAAACAAUUUAGUGAUAUACAUGUACCCUUUACCUUAGAAUGAACAUUACAAAUUCCUAUUGUGAAAAAUGGUUCAUAUAUAUAAAUGCAGUCAUCAUUGUAUGGUCAUCUUUUGGAAGAGAAAUUGUUAUGUCUUUUUUUAUUUUCUUUAAUUUAUGUGCUUGUUAUUAUCGAUAAACAUGUUGUAUGAAAUACACAAAAAUAACUGGUCUGAAAUUUGAUUUUUCAAUCUGUCAAAUCAUGGUGAUGACAAUUUGUUUUGUAAAAUCGCAAACAUUAAAUAUUUUGAAAAUGGAAA